GGGGUCAGAGGGGAAUGCACAAAAGUAACCCCGUUGAGUAGCGUCACAUCACCCCACACUCUGAUGUUCUCCGCCGGCAACUGUGACCUCACCAUGAUGUGAAUUCACCACGGAAGCAGAUAUGUCUUCUGCAAUCCAUUAAUUCAUUGAAGUCUUCGCUCAACUGUUCAGGAUUGCGUGCCGGUUUAUCUCCACCGUGGUUGCAGCCUGUGUGUGUCACCCAGACAUGGCAAAGCAGGAAAAUCCUGCCAAGAAGCACCCAGCUAUGGCGGCGGUCCACCCCCACUUCAUCGUGGGAUCGGUGUCCGAGGAGAAUUCAGAAGAUGAAAUCCAAGGGAAGCCGGAUGUGCAGCUGGAGGAGAAGGAGGGUCGUUCUUUGUCACCCUCAUCCGGGAGCUCGGAUAGCACCAAUGACAUGAGCUUUGAACACAUUGAUGGCUCCCUGCACAACAAUUUAAGGCCGAGCAUGUCUGGGCUGCACUUGAUGAAGCAAAAUCGCGACCGCCGAAGAAUUGACCUGCAGAGGGACUUCACUGUGGCAUCUCCUGCUGAGUUUGUCACACGUUUUGGUGGCAACAAGGUCAUUGAGAAGGUGCUUAUCGCCAAUAAUGGCAUUGCCGCAGUCAAGUGCAUGCGCUCGAUCCGCCGGUGGUCUUACGAGAUGUUUCGGAACGAACGGGCAAUUCGAUUUGUGGUGAUGGUGACCCCGGAGGACCUGAAGGCCAACGCUGAGUACAUAAAAAUAGCAGAUCAUUACGUGCCUGUGCCAGGGGGGACUAAUAACAACAACUAUGCCAAUGUGGAGCUCAUUUUGGACAUAGCAAAACGAAUACCUGUGCAGGCUGUGUGGGCUGGAUGGGGUCAUGCCUCAGAGAACCCCAAACUGCCAGAGCUGCUCCAUAAGAACGGCAUUGCUUUUAUGGGCCCGCCCAGUCAGGCAAUGUGGGCACUAGGAGAUAAGAUUGCUUCUUCCAUUGUGGCUCAGACAGCUGGCAUCCCCACUUUGCCAUGGAGUGGAGCAGGUCUGACAGUGGAAUGGUCCGAAGGCAAUCCAAAGAAACCAAAUAUCAGCGUUCCUCGUGACUUGUAUGAACUCGGUUGCAUCCAGGAUGUAGACAACGGCUUGGAAGCUGCUGAAAAGAUCGGCUACCCUGUUAUGGUGAAGGCCUCAGAAGGAGGGGGAGGUAAAGGCAUCCGUAAAGUCAAUUGCGCGGAUGAUUUCCCAAACCUAUACAGACAAGUCCAGGCAGAAGUUCCAGGUUCCCCUGUGUUCAUCAUGCAGCUCGCUAAACAUGCCCGCCACUUGGAGGUUCAGAUCUUGGCAGACCAAUACGGCAAUGCCAUUUCCUUGUUCGGCAGAGAUUGUUCAGUUCAGCGGCGACAUCAGAAAAUUAUAGAGGAGGCGCCUGCUACCAUUGCCACAUCGGAUGUCUUUGAGGAUAUGGAAAGGUGUGCUGUCAAGCUGGCAAAGAUGGUGGGCUAUGUGAGUGCGGGCACAGUGGAAUACCUCUACAGCCAAGAUGGCAGCUUCUACUUCCUGGAGCUCAACCCUCGUCUGCAGGUUGAACACCCCUGCACUGAGAUGGUGGCUGAUGUCAACCUACCCGCUGCCCAGCUGCAAAUUGCAAUGGGCAUCCCUCUUCACCGAAUCAAAGACAUCAGGAUGCUUUAUGGGACGCAGCCCUGGGGUGACUCUCUCAUCGACUUUGAGAGUCUGUCGACAGUCGCCUCCCCACGAGGACAUGUCAUUGCAGCUCGUAUAACCAGUGAAAAUCCUGAUGAGGGUUUCAAGCCAAGCUCCGGAACAGUACAAGAGCUGAACUUUCGCAGCAAUAAGAAUGUGUGGGGCUACUUCAGUGUUGCAGCUGCUGGUGGACUGCAUGAGUUUGCAGACUCCCAAUUUGGACACUGUUUUUCUUGGGGAGAGAAUCGUGAAGAAGCCAUCUCUAACAUGGUGGUAGCUUUGAAAGAGCUGUCUAUCCGAGGAGACUUUAGGACUACUGUGGAAUACCUCAUAAAGCUGCUGGAAACAGAAACCUUUCAGCGCAACACCAUCGACACGGGCUGGCUGGAUAGGCUGAUCUCUGAGAAAAUGCAGGCUGAGCGUCCUGACACGAUGCUGGGACUUGUGAGUGGAGCACUUCAUGUGGCAGAUGUUACUCUGAGGAACAGCGUGUCCAUUUUCUUGCAUUCUCUGGAGAGGGGACAGGUGCUGCCAGCACACACACUUCUCAACACGGUGGAUGUGGAGUUGAUCUAUGAAUGUGUCAAGUACAUCCUGACUGUGACUCGCCAGUCUCCCAAUUCGUAUGUGCUAAUCAUGAACCACUCCACCGUCGAAGUGGAUGUCCAUCGGCUAAGCGAUGGAGGUUUGUUGCUGUCCUAUGAUGGCAGCAGCUACACUACCUACAUGAAGGAAGAGGUAGACAGGUAUCGCAUCACCAUAGGCAACAAGACCUGUGUUUUCGAAAAGGAGAACGACCCAUCGCUGUUGCGAUCUCCUUCGGCAGGAAAACUCAUCCAGUACACAGUUGAGGACGGUGGUCAUGUUUUUGCUGGCCAGUGUUAUGCUGAAAUAGAGGUGAUGAAGAUGGUCAUGACCCUCACAGCUGUUGAGUCCGGUUGUAUUCACUAUGUGAAGAGGGCCGGAGCAUCGCUGGAUCCUGGUUGCGUCAUCGCCAAACUUCAGCUCGAUGACCCCACCCGGGUCCAACAGGCCGACCUGCAUACAGGUACUUUGCCCUCGACCCAGGCCGUUGCUCUGCGAGGGGAGAAGCUGCAUAGAGUUUUCCACAACACACUGGAUCACCUUGUUCACGUCAUGAAUGGCUACUGUCUCCCUGAGCCAUUCUUUAGCACCAAGUUAAAAGACUGGGUCGAAAGGCUGAUGAAAACCAUGCGUGACCCCUCGUUGCCGCUGCUGGAGCUUCAAGACAUUAUGACCAGCGUUUCAGGUCGCAUCCCCCCUGCUGUGGAGAAAGCCAUCAAGAAGGAGAUGGCGCAGUAUGCCAGCAACAUCACCUCAGUGCUCUGCCAGUUCCCCAGUCAGCAGAUUGCAAACAUCCUGGACAGUCAUGCUGCAACUCUCAACAAGAAGUCUGAAAGAGAAGUCUUCUUUAUGAACACACAAAGCAUUGUUCAGCUGGUGCAAAAAUAUCGGAGUGGAAUCCGAGGUUACAUGAAGGCAGUGGUGAUCGACUUGCUCCGACAAUACCUGAAAGUAGAGAUUCAGUUUCAGAAUGGACACUAUGACAAGUGUGUGUUUGCCCUGCGUGAAGAAAACAAAGGUGACAUGGCAAAUGUGCUCAACUACAUCUUCUCCCAUGCCCAAGUCACCAAAAAGAACCUGCUGGUUACAAUGUUGAUUGACCAGUUGUGUGGCCGUGAUCCGACACUGACAGAAGAACUGAUGGCCAUGUUGACGGAAUUCACCCAACUCAGCAAGACAACAAACGCAAAGGUGGCACUUCGUGCACGGCAGGUGUUGAUAGCAUCUCACCUCCCCUCUUAUGAGCUCCGUCACAACCAGGUGGAGUCCAUCUUCCUCUCUGCCAUUGACAUGUACGGCCACCAAUUCUGUAUUGAGAACCUCCAGAAACUGAUCCUUUCCGAAACAUCCAUCUUCGAUGUUUUGCCCAACUUUUUCUACCACAGUAAUCAGGUUGUCCGAAUGGCCGCCCUUGAGGUGUAUGUGCGCCGAGCGUACAUCGCUUAUGAGCUCAACAGCGUGCAGCAUCGCCAGUUGAAGGACAACACGUGCAUCGUUGAGUUCCAGUUCAUGCUCCCAAGCUCGCAUCCAAACAGAGGGAACAUCCCCACUCUAAACAGGAAAAUGUCUGCUCCUUCAGUCCUGGACAUUUUAAAAGGCAAAACAGUGUCAAAUUUGGAACCUCCAGACAGGUCGUCAUUCUCAUCAAACCUGAACCACUAUGGCAUGGUGCAUAUGGCUAGCGUGAGCGAUGUUUUGCUGGACACAUCCUUUACGCCCCCCUGUCAAAGAAUGGGCGCCAUGGUCUCUUUUCGCUCGUUCCAGGAGUUCACCAAGAACAUAGCAGAUGUGUUGAGUUGCUUCACCGACUCUCCUCCCCCAAGCCCGACCUUUCCCGAGGGAGGCAAUCCCGUCCUGUACGGUGAAGAGGACAACAAGAGCACCCAAGAUGAACCCAUCCAUAUCCUGAAUGUGGCUAUAAAAACCGACAGUGACAUGGAAGAUGAUGGCCUGGCAGCCAUGUUUCGGGAGUUCACUCUGUCAAAGAAAUCUCUGCUGUUUGAACACGGAAUCCGUCGCUUGACUUUCCUUGUGGCUCAGAAGGAUUUCAGGAAGCAAAUCAACUAUGAGGUGGACCAAAGGUUUCAUCAUGAGGAGAGAAAAGCGUCUCCAAUCGGGCUGGCAUUGUUGUGGAACACUUCAUCUGAUAUCAUUCACCAGGGCAAGCGGGCAUUUAGAGGAUCAAGAGUCUCUGAAAGAAGAGAAUUCCCCAAAUUUUUCACAUUCCGUGCCAGAGAUAAGUUUGUGGAAGAUAGGAUCUACCGGCACUUGGAGCCGGCUUUAGCCUUCCAGCUGGAGCUCAACCGAAUGCGAAACUUUGCCCUAACGGCCAUUCCUUGUGCCAACCACAAGAUGCACCUCUAUUUGGGUGCAGCACGUGUGGAAGUGGGAGCGGAAGUUACGGACUACCGAUUCUUUGUGCGAGCCAUUAUCCGACAUUCUGAUUUAGUCACAAAAGAGGCCUCUUUUGAGUACCUUCACAAUGAGGCUGAGCGUUUGCUACUUGAGGCCAUGGAUGAGCUUGAGGUCGCUUUUAACAACACAACUGUGCGUACGGACUGUAAUCACAUCUUCCUCAAUUUUGUGCCCACAGUCAUCAUGGACCCUUCAAAGAUCGAGGAGUCUGUUCGGUCCAUGGUCAUGCGUUACGGCAGCCGGCUUUGGAAACUGCGUGUCUUGCAAGCUGAGCUGAAAAUCAACAUCCGCCUGACUCCGACAGGAAAGCAAAUCCCCAUUCGCUUGUUUCUCACAAAUGAAUCCGGCUACUAUCUGGACAUCAGCCUCUACAAAGAGGUCACCGACUCCCGAACGGGACAGGUGGGGCCCAAAGACCGCCAGAUCAUGUUCCAGGCAUAUGGAGACAAGCAGGGCCCUUUGCACGGCAUGCUCAUCAACACGCCAUAUGUCACCAAGGACCUGCUGCAGUCAAAGCGCUUUCAGGCACAGUCACUGGGCACUACCUAUGUCUAUGACUUUCCAGAAAUGUUUAGACAGGCUCUGAAAAAGUUGUGGCACUCAAGCGAGGCACAUGCUUUCGUACCCAAUUGCCCUCUUCCAUCGGAGUUGCUCACCUUCACCGAGCUGGUGUUGGACGCCCAAGGUCAACUGGUGCAGAUGAACCGGCUGCCAGGUGGCAAUGAGAUCGGUAUGGUGGCAUGGCGAAUGACCCUCCAUACACCAGAAUAUCCAGCAGGGCGCGAGAUCAUAGUCAUCAGUAAUGACAUCACACACAAGAUCGGCUCAUUCGGGCCUCAGGAGGAUGUGCUGUUUCUGCGUGCCUCCGAGAUGGCCCGAGAAAGCAGCAUCCCUCGUAUCUACAUUGCGGCCAACAGCGGCGCCCGGAUUGGCCUGGCUGAGGAAAUCCGACACAUGUUCCACGUGGCCUGGGAAGAUCCAGCUGACCCAUACAAGGGUUUCAAGUAUCUCUACCUGACGCCUCAGGAUUAUAAGAAGGUCUCAGCCCUGAACUCUGUACAUUGUGAACAUGUGGAGGAUGAGGGGGAAUCCAGGUAUAAGAUCACUGACAUCAUUGGAAAGGACGAAGGCUUGGGUGUGGAGAACCUGAAAGGGUCUGGCAUGAUUGCUGGAGAAUCCUCUGCGGCUUAUGAGGAGAUCAUCACUAUGAACCUGGUAACGUGCCGAGCCAUUGGAAUCGGAGCCUAUCUUGUGAGACUUGGUCAGAGAACCAUUCAGGUGGACAACUCGCACAUUAUUCUUACUGGGGCUGGAGCACUCAACAAGGUGCUGGGCAGAGAGGUUUAUACAUCCAAUAACCAGCUCGGUGGAAUCCAAAUCAUGCACAACAAUGGUGUGACCCACAGCACUGUUUGUGAUGACUUUGAGGGAGUCUUCACUCUCCUGCAGUGGCUCUCGUACAUGCCCAAGUGCAAAUUUAGUCCAGUCCCAAUUUUGAGUGCCAAGGACCCCAUAGAUAGAACUGUUGCAUUUGUGCCAACAAAAGCACCGUAUGACCCUCGUUGGAUGUUAGCUGGUCGUCCGAGCCAGAAUCCAAAAGGCUCUUGGCAGAGCGGCUUCUUUGACCAUGGCUCCUUCAUGGAGAUAAUGCAGCCAUGGGCUCAGAGUGUGGUAGUUGGCAGAGCUCGACUGGGUGGAAUACCUACUGGAGUGGUUGCUGUGGAAACUAGGUCAGUGGAGCUGUCAAUCCCAGCUGAUCCAGCUAAUUUGGACUCCGAGGCCAAGAUCAUCCAGCAGGCGGGACAGGUGUGGUUCCCUGAUUCGGCCUUCAAAACAGCCCAAGCAAUUAAGGACCUGAACAGAGAGGGGCUGCCUCUCUUUGUAUUUGCCAACUGGAGGGGCUUUUCUGGAGGAAUGAAAGACAUGUAUGACCAGGUGUUGAAGUUUGGUGCCUAUAUUGUGGAUGGGCUACGGGAGUACAAGCAGCCCGUCCUGGUUUACAUCCCACCCCAGGCCGAGCUGCGAGGAGGCUCCUGGGUGGUCAUAGAUCCCACCAUCAACCCUCGUCACAUGGAGAUGUACGCCGACAAAGACAGCCGAGGUGGAGUGCUCGAGCCUGAGGGGACAGUGGAGAUCAAGUUUAGGAGGAAGGACCUGGUCAAGACCAUGAGACGAGUAGAUCCCAUCUACAUGAGCUUGGCUGAAAGUCUGGGAACCCCAGAGUUGAGCCCUCCUGACCGUAAAGAGCUGGAGACAAAACUUAAAGAGCGGGAAGAGUUUCUGUUGCCAAUCUACCACCAGGUGGCUGUCCAGUUUGCAGACCUACACGACACGCCAGGCCGCAUGCAGGAGAAGGGCGUCAUCACGGAUAUCCUGGAGUGGCAAACAUCCCGGCAGUUCUUCUACUGGCGCCUGCGGCGCCUCCUCCUGGAAGAGACGGUAAAGAGAAAGAUCCAAGCAGCCAACAGCGAGCUGACAGACGGACAAAUCCAGGCAAUGCUGCGCCGCUGGUUCGUUGAGGCGGAAGGUGCUGUCAAGGCCUAUCUGUGGGAUAACAACGAAGAGGUGGUGGCUUGGCUUGAGAGGCAACUGGCCGAAGACGACGGAGCCAGGUCCGUCAUCGACGAGAACAUCAAGUACAUUCGUCGUGAUCACAUCCUCAAGCAGAUUCGCAGCUUUGUUCAAGCUAACCCAGAGGUGGCAAUGGAUUCCAUCGUGCACAUGACUCAGCACAUCUCACCCACACAGAGAGCUGAGGUGGUGCGCAUCUUGUCCACUAUGGAGACCUCUGCUUCCUCGUAGGGUCCAUAGCCGUCCAGCCCGUCUCUGGGCUGGCGAGAAGGAAGGUUGGAAGGAGCUGACGUGAGCAGCCAUCAGGGGAACCUAUGUAUCGUUGGCAAUGAUUCUAACGACCCACUAAUACGACUUGGUGACCAAUUUGAUCUGUUGUGAGGUGUAAACUAAUAAUGUGGAUUUUUUUUCCCAAUGUAUACUGCUUUUAGACAAUACAGUCAUAGUUAAAUAUUUUGACGACAACGCCAGCAGCCUUGGCAAGAAAGGGUCUCAUAAACUACCAACCAGGGUGCACUUAGUUACUGAGCAGAAAAAUAGCAGGGACGUUCUAACCCAUUUGGACAGAAGAGCACAGCAGGGAGCAAAAGGAGCCCUUUUAGACGCUGACUGCUUCCCAGUUCUCCUGCGGUGAACACAAACCUACAGCUGUCCCUUCUGUUCUGACUUGACGCUGCUCCACAUGCACUUUAUACUGCGUCGCUGUUCACAUUGCAUACAGAACUAAACCCGUUCUUGCUGUAAAUGUAGUAUCCAUGUCAUCAGGCUCACUGUUACACACGUUCAAUUGAAUCGGGUAAUGGUACGACACACAGAGAUGAUACAAAGUAAAUGUGAGAAAAGGAACAUUUUGUUGAUCUUCAAAACAAUCAUUGAAAAUAGCAUCAUUAUCAUUCAAUUGUCUUUGUAAUAGAAAAUAUUUUGAAUACAUGAUGAGAUCACCUCUGUUCAGUGAUUCAUGUAGUGUAAACGAAUGUCAAACUGUAAUCCGUGUUAAUUUUUUAUUUAUACUAUUUUGUACUAAAUGUUGCUUAUUUGUAACAACAGUUUAUUCUUAUUUGCAUAUUUCCCUGCUGGUGAUUUGGUUAAAAAAAAAAAUCUUGAGUGACAAUGGGUAAAGAACACUGGAUUGUUAAAGUCGGCGCUUGACAUCACUGCCUCGUUAUUUCAUUGUACAAUGUGAAAACAGCUUUGUGUUCAUUGCUGUGCCUUUUUUCUUCCUGACCUGCAUUGACUUGCCAGCCAGUUUUUUUUUUUUUUAACACACUAGUUGUAACCUUGAAAAAUAAAGGUGAAAUAAUGACAUGUUAGCAAUCUAAAUAAAGAUUUGACCCAUU